GGUAAAUUCGGUUUUUUCUUAUAACUCUGGAACCACUAUGUUUAUAUAACUCCACUAUGUUUUUAAAAUACAUAGGUAUUUGUUGGAUUGGCCAGUGAUAAAAAUUUAAUUGAAAUGUACUGAACUGUACUUUCAAAAAAUAGAACAAAACUUAACUAACACAAAAUGUCAAAUUCUGUCAUCGCGACAGAAUAACAAGUUUCGACCGCCGUUUUUUCAAAAGGGAUGGAAUUUAAUACGAAACAUCGAAAAUUAUCAAAAAGCAAAAAUUCCGUUCGUAUUCCAGCAUCUACUAAGCCCCGCCUAGCGAAAAAAAGGAUUGUAACUCGCAAAAGAAAAUGUGUGUGCCUCCCUGAAAAUUAUUCGGUAGUUGAAUUUCCAGCAAUAUGGAAUGAACUAAGACAGAAAGGACAACUUUGUGAUGGGACAAUUCUAUGUCAGGAUAACAUUUCUAUACAAGUACAUCGAGCUAUACUUUCAGCGGUCAGUCCAUAUUUUAAAGCCAUAUUUGUAAACUCUUUGAGAAAAGGGCAGCCUGAAGAAAGAGAAAUUGUCGUUGAUGUUCCUUCUUAUUAUAUGAACUUGAUUCUCGAUUAUGCCUAUUCAGGAACAUGCAAAGUGACUGCCGAAAAUGUGGAAUGUUUGCUUCCAUAUGCUGAUCAGUUUGACGUAGUUGGAGUCAUUCAACUAUGCUGCCAAUUUCUUUUACAAGAAUUGCGUCCGCAUAACUGUCUUGGAAUAUUUAAAUUUGCUAGAUGCUACUUUUGUAGCGAUUUAGAGAAAAAAGGCAAACUGUAUAUAAGACAAAACUUUGCCAGGCUAUUAAAAGAAUGUAGUGAAUUCAAAUCUCUAUCUUAUGAAGAGUUAGAGGAUUUGUUGCGAGAUGACGAAUUGAAUGUUAAAAAUGAAGAAAUAGUAUUCCAAGCAGUAAAAACGUGGAUAGAACAUGACUUGGAAAACAGAAGAAAAUAUAUUCCAUCUCUACUAUCCUGUGUACGAUAUGGCCACAUAAGUUAUAAUUAUUUUAAGACCAAAAUUUUACAAUGGCAGCCUGUGAUGGACGAUGCGAAAUGUCAAGAAGCAUUAUAUCCAGCAGUAGUUUUCCUAACGGUUUUGGACUCCAGACCCGAGACAGAAGCAGAUCUUAACGAUCCCUUAGCAAGACCCCGAAUACCUUACGAAAUACUUUUUGCAGUAGGAGGCUGGAGUGCUGGGAGUCCCACGAGUUUCGUUGAAACAUAUGACACUCGCGCUGACCGCUGGUUUUUAUCAAUUCACAUGGAUCUAUCACCUCGCGCUUACCACGGCCUAUGCACGUUGAAUAAUUUGAUCUACAUGAUUGGUGGUUUCGACGGCAGCGACCACUUCAAUACAGUUCGAUGUUACGAUCCUGUCGCUAACACUUGGCUCGAAAGAGCUUGCAUGUAUCAGGCGAGGUGCUAUGUUAGUGUGGUUGCUCAUGACGGUCUCAUCUACGCGCUGGGCGGGUACAAUGGUCGUACGCGCAUGUCGUCCGUAGAGCGCUACCAUCCCGACAAGAACCAGUGGGAGAUGACCACUCCCAUGAACAAACAGCGGUCCGACGCCAGCGCUGCUUCGCUUGGUGGAAAGAUAUACAUAGUCGGCGGUUUCAAUGGUCAAGAAGUGCUGAGUUCGGCGGAAGUCUUCGACCCGGGCACGAAGCAAUGGUCUUUCAUCAGGUCCAUGAUCAGUCCACGGUCCGGAGUCAGCCUUAUUGCGUAUCGAGAGUGCUUGUAUGCGCUGGGAGGUUUCAACGGUUAUAGCCGACUUAAUACUGGGGAACGGUUUUGUCCUCACCGCGGCGGCGAGUGGCAGGAAGUGACGGAAAUGUUCAGUGCGAGAAGCAAUUUUGCCACAGUACUGCUCGACGAUAUGAUCUUCGUUAUAGGAGGAUUCAAUGGUUCAACCACAAUCCCGCACGUGGAAUGCUACGAUGGGGACACAUCAGAGUGGUAUGACGCAGCUCCUAUGAAUCUGACGCGAUCAGCGCUGAGCGCUUGUGUUAUCGCCGGCCUUCCCAAUGCCAGAUCUUUCUCGUACUUGGCCAAAGCCGUGCCAGCUGCCGGCGCAGAUCAGGCGCACCACUCCUGAGCAUUUAUCACAAGACCAAACUGUACUCACCAACCAAACUGGUCUGGUAUAGCAUGCAGACUUUGUUUUUUAAACUGAAUCAAAUAGCAUUAGAUUUUUACAUAUUCAUGCAAUAUUCCGGCAAUCAUUAUUUAUCUGGAUAAACGUUUGAUCUACAGUCGAGGUUUAGGCGUGACGGUUUUUUGAAGUGCGGGACACGUUAGGGCCUGAGACUGGCCGCCAUUCGUUUAUUGUAAAUAGUUUAUUUUUAAAACCCCUUUUUAUACUACUUAAAAUCAAUAUUGUACAGAAUUAUUCAAAAUAUUUUGACUGAAUAUUUGUAUUUAUUUUAUGUAAUUAGCGAAAUCAGAACACAAACAUUAUUUCGUUUCAUUUUAGAAACGAUUUGUUUUAAAAAGGGCAUUUUUAAAUUACCAAGUUUUUUUAAUUAACAAUGUUAUUUGUGAUAAAUUUUAUUUUAGUAAUAUAAUGUACAGUUCGCGUCCGUUGCAAUCAGAGGAUGCGUUUUGGAUAAAUGUGUAUAAUCAAAAAUGUUAUGCGGCGAUAAAAAAGAAUGAUCUCUUUAUCGUUAAUUUAUCUGUGAUAUUUUCACUAGUCAUUGAAGAAAAUUAAAAAAAAAUGUAAGUAAAAAAGAAGUAGAAUAUCUACUCAGUAAAAAUUUACUGUACCGUACAGAAAUGUUGAGAAAUUUACAAAUAAAGUAAACUGAACGAG